AGUUAAAGCACAAGAAAGCAGAUGUACGCCUAAUUAGUGCGAAGACGUAGGGUGGAGUUCCUUUGUUUUAGCGAACUAAAACCAAUAACGAAGUUUGGUCUGACGCUUGGCUUUCAGAGAAUGGAAGGAAAUAAAUGCUCAUCGAUUAACAAUAUUGCUCUGUUACCUUCUAAGAACUUAUCACAGACGCCGAGCACGUAGUUUUCUUUACUUGAAUGCAUCAUUAGAAGAAAGAAAGGUUUAGAUUUGUAUUUCAACUUCCUUCAGAACCUGAAAUGGCUAAUUACCUGCUAUCUCCAAGGAAACCAAACGUUAAAACAAUGCAGGGGAUAGAAAUUGAUCUCGAGAGCGCCUUUAAGGAACUCGGCGAAAUAAAGCCUGAAUGGAGAAAAAUCUCAAGGGAGGGUUUAGAUCUCGAUUAUGCCCUGUUAUUCUCGAAACGUUUAGCCGACAGAAUAAUGAACCAAUUAGAGAACGACGUCGAAUAUUAUUCCGGCAAUUUAACGAAGGUGAAAAUUUUCGGGAAACUAUACAAUAUUCCGCGACAGCAAGUGGCGUACGGCGACGAAGGGCUUACUUACAGAUUCUCGGGAGUUACCAUUCCCGCGAAAACAUGGAUUCCUCCUUUGAAAUCGAUACGUGAUUUAAUUUUUCGGUUAACUGGAGUGGAAUAUAAUUUUGUCUUAGUGAACAGAUAUAGAAACGGCUCUGAUCAUAUUGGUGAACAUCGAGACGGCGAAUCUGACUUGGAUCCCUCAGCUCCCAUAGCAUCAUUAUCGCUCGGACAACAGCGUCAGUUUGUUUUGAAACAUGGAGACUGCAGAAAGAAGGGUCCCGCCAAGAGGGAUGUUCCAAAAGUUACUAUAGAGUUACAACAUGGCAGUUUACUGUUAAUGAAUCCACCGACCAAUCAAUAUUGGUAUCAUUCCUUACCACCGAGAAAAAAUGCCAACGAUGUACGAAUUAACCUUACAUUUAGAAAAAUUGUAUAAUCCUAAUCCUCGUCAUAAUCCCAUAUUUCCUUUUUUAUAAACGUUUCUGAAUGAUU